AUGGGUUCAAUAUCACGAAUUGUAUCCAUGUCGAAAAGGAUAAUAAAGCCCUCUUCUCCAACUCCUUGUUCACAUAAACGUCACAAUCUAUCAUUGGUUGAUUGUUAUGCUAAUAAUGAGUAUGCUUCAACAGUCUUUUUCUACCCUAAACCAACAAUCCCUGCUAAUAACAUAUCCCAACUUCUUCAAAAAUCCCUCUCAAAAGCAUUGACAUAUUACUAUCCCUUUGCUGGGAUGUUAAAAGACAAUGCCUAUGUUGAUUGCAACGAUAGGGGAGCUGAGUUCUUGAAUGUCCGUGUUGAUUGUCGUAUGUCUGAUGUUGUCAAUUCGUGUGAUAAUGAUAGGAGUGGUGAAAAUUGUGUAUAUCCACAAGGAUUGGCUUUUGGAAAUAGUAAUUCUUUUGAUGGUAGGUUAGUAAUGGCUCAAUUGACUCAUUUCGAUUGUGGUGGAAUAGCAGUCAGUGUUUGCUUCUCUCACAAGAUUGCCGAUGGCUGUAGUGGUGCCAUGUUUUUGAGUGACUGGGCUGCUAUUGCUAAAGACCCGAAUCAUGCAAAACCAUCUCCUCGAUUCGAUGGAGCAUCCUUCUUCCCACCUAUUCAUAAUGCUAGUUCAAACAUAUCAGAGGUGAACAACUUACCACAUGAUGGAGUAGUACAACAACGUUAUGUGACUAGAAGGUACCUUUUCUCUGCUUCAACAUUGAAUACUCUCAAGGACAAAAUUGCUGAUUCAGGAUCAGGAAUAUUACAAAAUCCUAGCAGGGUUGAAAGUGUAUCUGCACUUCUUUACAAAUCAUGUGCUGCAGCAGCUGCAAAGAGGAAUACAUCAUUUCGACCAUCAACAUUCACACUAUUUGCAAACAUGCGUCCACCAUUACCCCUCAACACUAUCGGAAAUGCUCCUGGUUAUAUUUCCACAUCAAUAGAAGAGGAAGUAGAUAUGCAGCUACCCAGAAUCGUUGCUGAACUAAGGAAAGGGAAAGAAAAACUCCGUAACAGGUUCAAUACUGUUGAUCCUAACAAAUUGGCGUUUGAAUCAUUUGAAUUAAUGAAAGAAGUGGAUCAAGUAUUUAACAGACAAGGUUUUGAUAUCUAUAGAUGUAGCAGUUUAUGCAAUUUCCCCUUCUAUAACGUAGACUUUGGAUGGGGUAGGCCACAUAGAGUGUGCUUUCUAAUUCCUCCCUGCAACAUCAUUUGUCUGUUGGAUAGUCAAAACCGCCGCGAUGGAGGAGUGGAAGCGCUUGUGACGUUACAAGAAAGUGAUAUGAAUUUCUUCCAACAAGACCAACAACUCCUUCAGUUUGCUCGCCCAAUAUAG